AUGGAUGAUUCGCCUGCCUACGUUAUCGCGAUGUUUCUCAAUCCCUCGAUACGAUUGUCAUGGAUUCGACGACACUGGGAGCCUAAUUAUGUUGCCAGGGCCAUCAUAAUUAUCAAGAAUACUAUGCGAAAAUACCAUGACUGUCUUCAUGGACAAGCUCAACAACCUACAUCUAGUACGGACUCACAGCAACAGAGGCGACGAUAUGGGCUCGAAGAUAUGUUGGAGGUUUCGGGCGCUCCUUCGCCGUCGGGCCAAGGAGUUGAAGAACAGUUUGAGUUGUAUGGAAAUGGGACGGUCUCACUGCGUGGCACGGAUAUUAUAGGGUUUUGGGCAAUAAGCGAGGAAACCCAUCAAAUAUUGUACGCGAUGGCAUUAGAUUACUUACCCAUUCAAGCAUCCUCGGUUCCUUCUGAGCGCGUUUUAUCAUCCAGUGCCGAAACUGAUACAAAGAGGCAAAAUUGA